AUGACAGUGCGGAUUGACAUCAGUUCCAUGGUCAAGACAGCACCGAAACAAGUUGAAAUCCGUGCUGCGACUUGCGAGCGAAGAAACUGCAAGCUCACCGCUGCCAUUGAGUUGAUAAAAUCCAUCGAACCCGUAACGAACAAUUAUCAGAACCUCUUCUUCUGUUUGAAUAUAAUGCAGCAAAUUGUUAGCUUCCUCCCCUCUAGUCAGAUCUUCGAAUGUGAAAUCCACGUCUUCGAAGAGCUCGAGAAGGCUUUCCAAUAUCUUUGCUCUUCGUUCGCCAAGCCAAGUAUUUUCAGAGACCCAACGUAUAAUAGUCAUGCCAACAUGGUAUUGGAAAACCUCUUCGUUGUAGCAUUGCCAUAUGGUGUUAAGGGAUUCGAGAAUUUAAUCCUAGUGUCCACGCACAGACGCAUAGCGUAUGAAAUUCCGAUUCCAGUGGGUAUCAUACAUCUCUAUUUUUACACCUUCGACAAUAAGCAAAUUAACGACAUCGCUUAG